CAACAGUUGGCUUGUCAAAAAGGAAACACUCGUACAUUUUAUUUUUUCGAAGCUAAUUCUCAAGCUUUAUCUCAUCUCUGAAGACUCGUGCAUCUGUUGUCCUUCAAAUUUUCUGAAUCACAUAAGCAUUUUUCAAAUUCCCACUUUUCAGUUUAACUUCCACUGUUUGAUUCAAGAGUUUGGAUCAAUCGGUACUUGUAGGAUUUCAGCAUCCUUUAGUUAAUUAUCUAUGGCACCGGCGGAACCCAACAGCGGCGGCAGCGCCAGUGGCGGAGCCACCAGAGACCAGGCGCCGGUCAAGGUUCCCUCGAAAGACCCCAAGAAGAAAGAUGAUAAGAAGGACGAAGAUCUUUCGGAGGAGGACUUGGCCUUGAAGCAGCAACUGGAGUUGUACGUGGAGAGGGUACAAGAUCCAGAUCCUGGGCUGCAGAAAAAAUUGCUGGCGGAUAUACUUUCUUUUCUGGCUUUGACCAUGUCGCCGGAAGGAGAAAUGGCAUCUCUCAUGAGCCUGUUGCUUGCUGCCUACGCAAUAUUUCCAGAACCUCAGCCUAUAUCUCAU